AUGAUAGGCUCAAGAUCGCCCUGGAGGCUUCGGCUCACAAGCUCGUCUCAUCGCUUUGUGGCGCACAACCAGAGGCGUUCCAAGGCUUUCGUGCGGAGAAUCGACAAGAACAACGAGGUCUAUUACACAAUAUCCAACAAGCGGCCACCAAAGUCUCCAGACUCAAUUUCUGUUCGAGAUGAUUUCUUUGAGAUGCCAGAUCUACUCCUGGAUCUCGAUGCCGAGGACAGCCGGUUUGUUCGUCCGGUAGACGAAGCUGAUGAUCUACGUUUGGAGAGGAAGUGGGACGUUAAUCCAAAACGACUUGCCGUUCAGGACCAGUUGAAAGAGCUGCAAGCGCAAAUUUCAGAGUCACGGCGCAAGGCUGAUGAUAUCUUGUCGAACCCAACUAAUAUCUGGAGGCUCAGUCCACACGACAUUCUAUCAGCAGCUCUUCGCGGCACACCUACCGUCGUCGACGAGAUUCAUCCACCUGUGAUGACUCCGGAAGCCUCCCGUGAUUCCAGGGAACUCGCCUUGGGACAGGAUUCUAGACUAAUUGAGACCCUCUGUCGAGAAAACGGAAUCCCCUCGCAUGCACUACAAGAUAACCGGGUCCUUCUGGAGUGGAUGUGGCUACGAUAUAAAAACCUCAGGCGCUCCAUGGAGAACCGAAGCGAAGAGCCAUUAUCGCCAGCUCAGCUAUCAGAUGCUCUGAAAGACCAGACAUCUAUCGUUGGUAUUCGUCGGCUUGUGAUUCAUUCUCUAAAAUCAGUUGAGGUAGCCAAGACAUAUUUUCCGAGACAAAGGGGGACAGACAAUGGGCCGGAUGUCUCUCAUGAAAUACGCAACGCCUGUUUAAGGGUCCUGAGUCAGCAUCCAGAGAAGGGGGCUGCACAUCUGGAAAUUCUGGCUUUCGUCGGAAAUCUAACCGCAAGACUAUCAGGCAAUAAUAGGUCUCCGUUAACUGGACUGGCUUUACGGCUAUCAGCCGAAGCAGGAGUUGUGGGAGCGAUAUCUGAAUGGCUACGUCGUGGAUUUGCUGAUAAUACGUGGGAGCGAUAUCAUGCGUCAUCGACGGAUGUGGCAGAAACACUCAAGACGCUCAUUCAGCAACUGAGCAGUGGUCUAUACGCCAUUCAUGACCGACAGUUACUAUUUCAGUUGCUAACUGGGAUUGAACAUGACUCCCUCUUGAAUGAGUCUUUCCGUUCUCUUCCUUUAUACUAUCUUGGAGAGCAGAGCAAAGUCUCCACAGACGAAGCAUACGACAUGUAUGCUUCGUACAUCAUGCUUCUGGGUCACUUAGGAGCUGUAAGAACUCUGUGGAAGGAAUGGUAUGCUUCGAAGCCCGUCGUGACGCGUUUCUUAAAACCAGAUGACAACGCUCAAAGACUUGAAGCUUUGUAUGAGGCAUCGUUACGCAGCGCUCUUCAUGUGGCGGCGCCCAUGGACACACAGGGCUUUCCCGACAUGGAGUUGAAUGAAUGUGUGGCGCUGGAUUAUCACUCAAUAGGAGCACAGGAUACCGCUUCAUGGUUUGCCAGCGGUGCAGAAACAGUCAUGCCGAAUGAGUCUCUGGAACUGCCGCCUUUCAAUCUACCUCUUGAUGAGUGGGCUACGAGAAUCUACCACAUUCUUCGCCAAAAUCCUUUGUCAGCUCAGUGA